UGCCAUUUUGUCUGUCUCUGUUUCACGUUACUCAUGUGCCAAGGUGCUUCGUAAAAACUACAAAAGCAAAGUCAAGAACAAAGGUGCGAGCUCUGAAGGGAGACCCCUGCGUCGUUUGCUCCUUAAAGUCUCGUGACCCUCGUUCCCCCUCCUGAAAACAGCACCCAUCCUUCUAAUCCUCACCUCCCCGCAGAACUUCAUAUAACAGCAGAGGAAGUCUCAGAAAGUAGGCCACACAGCAUCAGUCUUCAGCAACAGCCGCGUCAAAGGGGAGGUGGGACGUCUGCAUCACCAGGUGGAGCUCGGAGGAGCCACUUCCUGUUACCAGACUGAGCCUGGAGCUUCAAAGAAGAAGUGGUGUCUACCGCACAGCUGUGUAUAGAGGUCUUUCAGCAACACCCUGUGCUCAAGCACCGAAACCCCUGAUCUUGGAAUUGACCUAGUGGUGUUUGUGGUUACAAAUAGUGAGGGAAAUCCAGUAGCCAGUGAAGAAUAGCUUGGACUCUGAGAUCACCUGAGGAAGUAUGGGGAUUCAGAAGACUGCUGCUUUGGUGCUACUGGUCUUGAUCAUCUCUCCUGCAGAGGCGUCCAUGCUGAAUGAUCCCAAAUUCUGCUACGCCCUGGACGUGAUCCUGUUAAUCUACGGCAUCGUGAUCACCACACUGUAUCUGCGGGAGAGAUUCUUCAAGCCUAAAGUUAAAGACAUAACACAGAAAGACUCGACCUACGCUUCUUUAAGCGGCGGUCAGUCCGCUUACGAUGGUUUGAGAACGAGAGAUGCUGAAACUGGACGUGCCCGAGGGGGUCGCAGGCAGGGGGAUGACGACACAUAUACGCGUCUGAGGGAUAAAACUGAAGACACUUACAAAGAGAUCCAAGUGAAGAAAGAUCGCCGGCCCAAUGAUCAGGUUUACCAGGGUCUGAGUACUGCAACUAAGGACACCUACGACUCCCUGCACAUGCAACCUCUGCCUCCUCGUCGCUAAAAGCAACGCCGAAUCAAUAUUAAUCCAUACGUUAAUAACUGUAUUUCACAUAACAACGUGACUUGAUUCAACUCCAGUAUAGACCCUUUUGGCUUUUUUUUGUGUGUGUGUGUGUGUGUGUGUCUUGAAAACAUUCGCUCAAAUGUGUUUCUCACUUUAGGGGAAAAAGUCGACAGCUUUCGUUACUGUGUACAUUGUUCUUAAUUGGAAUAGCUAAUCUUUUGUUAUAAAUUGAUCAUAUUAAUCAUCAUGACAUCAGAAAUUUGACAUCUUUCAUUUUCCUAUUUCAAACUCUCUCUUGUUCAGUCGGUCAGUGAGCUACUAAAUGACUAUCUUCAGCUCAUCUUAUUUUGCACUUAAUGUUCAUUUUUGUUUCAUUACGUUUUUCUUUUUUCUCUCCUUAUUAGUCAUUAGGGUCUGAAUAACAGCUUAGUCAUUAUUGGGGGGGAAAGUGCUAAAAAAAAAAAAAAACAAACUAGUUUUCUACUGUAGCUUCACCCUAUUUGGAGACUCAGUCAUGAUUUUGUUCUAUUGUUAAUACCAGAUUAAUCAGUGAUGAUUCAAACUAGCUGAACUGACUCUCACAUACAAACUGCAGACUCAAUCCGAAAUGUACAGAGCAACUGAUACGUUACAGUGACGGGUCUUGGCUUUCAUUCUCGCUCUCGUGUCUGUUAAAGUUAAGAUUUGAUAGGAAACGCCUUAGUGAUGCUAAAAUACCACUUUAUGACUUCACUUUCUACAUUACUGCAUUUCUCUGGAGUACUAUAGUUGUAGACUUUAGUAAGUAAAAGUUACAAUGUGUUUUUAAAGUAACUGUCAUUUGUGACAUCCCUGUACAUCCACAUCAACAGUUUCUUUUUUCUGCAUCACUGCCACAGAAACUUCAUCUACUUCUUAUACAUUUAUUGUAUCUUACAAAAAUGCAACUAAGGUCAAAUUAGAGCAGUAUAUUUGGAUAUUCACUGAGCAACGGACACUCAAUGGAGAAGAUGGAUUCCAGGUUGAAAAUCUGCUUUAAAAAAAUAAUAAUAAUACAGGAAGAUGAAGUUUUUUCAGAUAGAUGAAAACCUUUUUCAGCUUAAAUGUACAUAGAAGCCUAGUAAAGUAAGCAGUAUAUGAUUUGUUUUCUAAUAUACACUACCGGUCAAAAGUUUAGACACACUCGUUCUUUAUUUUCCCCCCACAUUUUAGAAUAAUAAUAAAGUCCUCAAAACUCUGGGGUAACACAAAUGGAACUAUGGGAAUUGUGUUGUGAUUAAAAAAAAAAAAAAUCCAAAAUAAUUCAAAAUAAUUUAAUAUUUUAGCAUCUUCAAAGUCGACGCCCUUUUUGCCUAGAAUUUCCAGAAAUGUAUUCUUAGCGUUUUCUCACCCGAUUUCUUGAGGAAUUUCCCCCGAGAUGCUUUUUAAGCAGUAUUAAAGGAGUUCACACCUACACUGGACACUUAUUGACUGCUUUUUGGAAUAUUUCGCUUGCCCGUCUAAAAAAUAUAUUUUUCUUGUAAAUAAAAUGUCAGUCUUCUAAUGAAAGAAAUGAAUACGUUGGCAUGCUUAUAUUCUGUCUACAACACCGAUUUCACACAUUUAAUCACACACCUUCAGAUCAAAAGCUUUUUAAUAUCAUGAGCAACAUUUCAGUCGCGUGUCCCCAUACUUUUGACCGGUAGUGUGUACUGUCUAUAUAAAGCACCUAAACAGGGACUUAUUAAUAAACCUGUUGAGCACCAGUUUAUUUCUGAACAUUUCAAGUGGCACUACGUAAAGUGACGUGUUUUAUGUGGUGUAUGGUUUUCCAUAUGACUUCGAUGUCGAGGCGAACGCAACGAGAAUGGAAGAAAAAGAUAAACAAAGUUUCCAACCACCCAAAGCUGAAGUCAGUCAGCUUUUCUAGAUUUCAGAUUUAAGUGAUACUGAGAAUAUGUAUUUUCUGUGAAAUUGUGUUGUUUUUUCUUUUCUUUAUAUAUAUAAAAAAGAAUUCCUGUCUGUA